AUGGCCAACCGAGAUGCCGAGAUCGAAGGCCUGCAGGCCCAGAUUGCGCGACUACAAUCCGCCUCCACGAAACUCGCAGUCCGCGCACCGAAGGAAUUCGAAGGGAAGCCCGACGAUGUCGCACCCUUCUUGAGGCGCCUGGACACGUACUUCAGCGCCACGAACAACGACACGAUCGACGAUCAAAGGAAGAUCGCCUAUGCAGUCACUCUCAUUGACAGCAGAGUGAUGCGUUUACUGGAAGAACAGCACUUCCACGAGGAAGAGAAGGCAGUCGCUGAGCAUAGGCACCGCUUCGCCACCUGGGACGACUUCAAGAAGCUUUCAAGAAAGCCUUCCCCGGAAGACACCAACGAUAGCCUUUGUCCCGAAGUUCCGAACCCUCGCUGCCAAAGCAACGUCACCGACGAGAAAACCCUUGCUGGGUUGUUUAAGGCUGCCGUGCGUCCGGAGCUUCUAGGAAAGAUGCUCAACAUCGAGAACCCUCCUGACACGAUGGAGAAGUGGUACGACCUCGUUCUACGACUCGACUCUCGCCAAGUCUAUGGCACCACCUCCUCCUACGACGGCGGAGGAUCACGCUGA